AUGAAUGACAUUGAAAGGCGGGAUGCUAAAGAUCUUGAAGCAAUCCUUAAAUGCAAAUCUGAAGUCGAGCUAAACUGCUUGACAACCGAAAAAGAAAUUGAUAUUUUAGAAAGAGAAGAAGAGCAAGCAAAGCGGGUAUUGGACGAUUUAAACUAUGAAGUAUCUUUGCUUGAAAAUGCUAAUGAAGAAGUCCAAAGAAAUAUCAAUAGCUGCUUAGAGUAUGAAAUUGAGUAUCUGACUGAGUAUAUUACUUCUAUGAAAAUCCUUAAUAGAGAAAUUCUGCAGAACGCCAACCAGCUUGAUACCCAGCAAAAAUGCAUGGAGAAAGCAAUUUAUGAUUUAAACAGAGAAAUUGAUGUCGCGCAGGAUUAUCUGGAUAAGACACACACAAAAGUUCAUUUGGAAAAGUGCCUGAGCUGUGGAGUAUUUUUGGAAUCUAACUGCCCAUUUUGUUAG